CAAUGUUGUGUUUUGGUGCAGAAUUUCUGAAUUUCUCAGUUCCAAACGACCAUUUAGCUAUCUGUCAACGUAGUUUUCUGUAAAAUUGUAGAUCUUACAUCUCCUAGAUGCAAUCUUCGACGAAUCCAGAAUGUAUACCAUCGUUAGAAUUCCCCGAGAUACCAAACAAAGACGAAUUAGUGGAUUGGACUUAUUCUAAGAGACGAGAAAUGCAGGAAAUUGUUCCAGGAGUUUAUCUUGGUCCAUACUCAGCAGCAAUGAAUAGCAAAUUAGGAGUUUUAAAGCAAGUUGGAAUCUCUCAUGUAGUUUGUAUACGACAGAAUAUUGAAGCAAACUUUGUGCGGCCCAACUUUCCUCAACACUUUAAGUAUUUGGUAUUAGAUGUAGCAGACUCACCCACAGAAAAUAUUAUUACACAUUUUCCAAAGGUGAAAGCUUUUGUUGACAGCUGUUUAAGUAGCGGAGGAAAAGUUCUUCUCCAUGGAAAUGCUGGAAUAUCUAGAAGUGCUGCUUUAAUGAUUGCUUUCAUUAUGGAAACAUAUGGAUUAAACUAUAGAGAUGCAUUUCAUUAUGUGCAACAAAGAAGAUUCUGUAUUAAUCCCAAUGAAGGUUUUGUUCAACAACUAAUGGAAUAUGAACCAAUUUAUUUAGCCAAUUACCAAGCAAGGACGUCAGGAGAAAGAUUAAAUCAGUCUGGUGGGAUCAAAAGAGCUCAUGAGGAUGAACCAAGAGAUGACAUGAUGGACACGUGAUCACUGUUGUUACCAGCAGAGUUGAUUUUCAUAGUACCAGUUAAAGCACAAAGUAACUGGUGUAUAGAGACAGCAUCUCUGAUGUUUAUGGGACAGCAAAUCCUGGAAGAUGGCCAUAAUACAAAAUCUGAUCUUGGGAAGGACAAUCACCCAAAUUACAUCUGUUCAGCUAUUUAUAGAUUAUAUAAAAGAUGUGUUUACAUAGAUCAAAACUACACAAUACUAGGUAGAAAAUUGUUAAGUAAUUUUAGCAUCAUCCAUAGCAGCCUUUUCUUUCCUCUUUGUAUUUGGAUAUGAGCUGUUUAUGACUUUGUUGUUUUUAGUGAAAUUAUCAGAGGUGCAUUUUUUAUUGGUAAUGACGUAAACAGUGUUUACCUGUGUGAAUAUUACAAUAGCCCUAUAACUACAAAAUCUGAUUGUAAAUUCUCCCUUCUUGCUACUAUACAUUUCCUCACGAAAAGUUGGUGUUGGAUCGAGGUAACAACUUCAACCUGAUAACUUAAUUGUGUAUGUAAUCUUAUUACCUGAAUAGAGUUUGCUUAUUUGUUGGCGUGUUUCCUUUUUUUUUUGAGCAGAAAAACACAAACUUAAGUAUUUAAAAGGAUUUAUUUUUCAACUGAUAAGUGACUGUGUCUACCUUGGCUACAAUGGGAAUCUAUCCUUACGCAGAAAAAAAAACUUCGUAGAGAAAAAUCAGUAUUGUUUGUUAUUGAAAAGCGAGGAUUUAUGAAGAUAUUUUCGAAUCGUGUAUUUUCGUUAAAAAACAAAAGCUACAGGCGAUGGUUAAAUCAUUUUUUCCGUGUUUUUUCUCUUAAAAGAUCAAUUUCUAACAAAUAAAAUCUUAGAACUGA